CCAUAAUUCACAUUCUUUACCUUUUCUUCACAAAAAUCCCAAAACCCAAAAGAAUAAAAAAAUCCCAAACUUUUUUUUUCGAAACUAGUGAUAUCUAGCUUCAGUAGCAGUGAUUAAUCGUCUCGUCGUGCAAGUGUUUUCUGAAAAGAUAGACUACUGAUUACAAAUGCCCGAGGAAAACAAUAGUUGUGUUGGUUUAAAUGAACCAAGAUUGGUAGUGAGGAAGUUUUUGGCUAAGCCACAAUAUGAAGGUGUUGGAGCCAUAGUGAGAAGAAGCAUUGGCAGGUUUGAGUUGAGAUACUUUGAUCCUUUCCUUGUUUUGGAUGAAUUUUCAGUCACAGCACCUGCUGGAUUUCCAGAUCAUCCACACAGAGGAUUUGAGACAGUCACCUACAUGAUACAGGGGUCAGUUACACAUGAAGACUUUGAAGGGCAUAAAGGGACCAUUGGAGCUGGUGAUCUUCAAUGGAUGACUGCUGGGAGAGGCAUUGUCCACUCUGAGAUGCCUUCACCACAUGGUACCCAAAAGGGUCUACAACUAUGGGUCAAUCUCUCCUCCAAAUAUAAAAUGAUGGAACCAAAGUAUCAAGAAAUAUCAAGCAAGAACAUUGCAGAAACCACAAAGGAUGGAAUCAAAGUUAGGGUUAUAGCCGGUGAAGCCUUGGGAACAAAGUCACCAAUCUACACAAGAACCCCAACAAUGUAUUUGGAUUUCACUCUAGAUCCCGGAACUCACCUCCAACAACCGAUACCUAAACCGUGGAACGCCUUUAUUUACAUAUUAGAAGGAGAGGGUGUCUUUGGGCAGUCGAAAUCGUCGGCGAGUGCUCACCAUUUGCUUCUUCUAGGACAUGGGGAUGGGUUAGAGGCAUGGAACAAGUCCACUAAAUUGUUAAGGUUCAUAUUAGUAGGAGGUGAGCCAUUGGAUGAACCAUUGGUGCAAUUUGGACCAUUUGUGAUGAACACUCAAGAAGAGAUUGAUCAAACAAUAGAGGAUUUUGAGAACUACACCAAUGGAUUUGAGAAAGCAAGGCAUUGGAGAUCUGAAUCUGGUCUUAGCCUGGAUUUUUGAUUCUUUGUUUUUGGUUUAAGAAGUAUCCAUUGGUUAUGUAAUAAGAAAAAUAUAAUUCUUUCUUUUUUUAUACAAUUAUCUAAUAAAUUUAUUUAAAAUUUGAUAUAAA